CACACACACCUGGGACAGCAUCCAGACACAGUUCCAGUGCUGCGGGGUGAUCUACUUCACUGAUUGGCUGGAAAUGACAGAGAUGGACACGCCCCCUGACUCAUGCUGCUCCAAUCAGUAUCCAGGAUGUGCAGGCCACGCCCACCUGCACGACCUCAGCGACCUGCACCAGGAGGGUUGCGGGCCCCGGGUGUUUUCCUUCGUGCGCGGUUGCGGCGCUCUGCAGGCGUUGCGGUUGCUAGGCGUUGCGCUGGGCGUGGCUCAGAUCGUUGCCAUGGCGCUGAGCCUGACGCUGAUGUGGGCGCUUAGUUACGAGAGGAGGGACCUGACCUCUGACCCCCCCUCUGACACCCCCUCUGACCCCCCCCUCACUCUGGAGAUGGAGCCGCUGACGUAGAAAAUACAAAGAAAACCAGUCAUUGUUUCUGUCAGUUUGAGACGUCUUCAUUCAAACUCACCUGUUCACCAUGACCUUUGACCCCUAACCCAUCACAGUCUGUUCACCAUGACCUUUGACCCCUAACCCAUCACAGUCCUACUG